GAAGAGCAUGUUUACAUGCCGACUUAAGGGAAGUGCUUUCUCCUGCUUCUGUAUGCCUGUGUGAAUGGGCCAUCAAGGGGUAUUUCGGUGUGUGAGAAUGUGUUUUGUCUCCUGGAGGCACAGAUCUGAAAGCAGUAGCCGACGCAAACCCGGAAGUGGCAUCGUAGAGGGAGAGGGAGUGCAACGCGAGUGAUCGCCUACUUAGAGGAAACGUAUGGGUGUGCAGUGGAGCGGUAGGCAACUGGAACGCAGGCUACCGAGAGCCAGUGGAUCGCCGUCGCCCCGCCCCCUGAAGACUGGACUGUGCUAAGGACACUGGUUGGUGGGGCUGCGGUUGGUGUUAUUGACUGUGCUGGUUUUGACUUUUUAUUUUGGUCGGCGUGGGGGACUGCCGCCGACCAAAUUUGAUUAACUCUUCCCUCUAUCUGGUCAGACAGUAGGCCUACACCCGCUCAGAGGGGUGGGCUAGGACCUCGCAAGCACCUCUUAUUAAUGUACGGGUUUUGUUGGGUGGGGCUGUAAGCUUAGUAGUUAGGAGGCAUGUAUGUGCAGGACGGGAAAGGGAGACUAUUUAAAAGUGUGGCAUGGUGUGGAACUGUUGUGCUGAUUCUCCCAUUUUCACCUGUGUGAAUAUCCUUGUAGUGACUGUAUGUGUGGCAGGGUCCUGGGAUUUGGUAUCCCCUGAGUGGUGUUACAGCACUUAUUUUUCUUUUGUUUUCAUUUGAGUUGUGGUUUUCUAUGUGGAUGUAUAGUGUGAACAUUUCUGACUGCAUUUUAUGUGUGGCUCCUAAAUUACUAGUGGGGGGCUGGUAAUGCUAAUCUCUUCGUUCAGAGGUACGCCUGAUGUACAUGUGGGCGGGCGGGAUUUAUGUUGGUGUAUUGCUGAGGUGCUGCUCAUUUUGCUGAAUGUGUGUGGCUGCUGACCCUUGUAAUAAAAUUUGUAGCUGUGAUCUGACUCAGUCUGGUGUUGUGUGUCUCAGAGGGGAUUGCACCUGUGUUUAGAUAGACGACACCACAUUUUGGCGUAGUUCGGCAGAUCCCCUCUCAAGACACAGCACCAUGUCUGACGAAGAAGCCGGGGGUGCGGCAGCAGCCAAUAGCAUGAUGGUUCCUUGGUUUUUGGGUGGGCCCUGGGUGCCCAAGUAUGGGGGAAAGGGUAGUCAGUUACCUUUUUCUGAGUGGCGGAGUCAAAUGGAGGUAUAUCUGCGGGCCCAGACAUUAACAGCCGCACAGAGAGUCGACUUUGUAAUGAGUGCUUUGCAGGGGGAGGCCAAGAGGGAAAUGUUGCUACUCAUAAGUACAGACAGGGAGACUGAUGCUCAAAUUUUCAUGGCCCUUGAGAAAUUAUAUGGGGAGAAUGUGAGUAUUAGUCAGCUCAGAUCUCACUUUUUCAAGUGUCAGCAGCAAACCGGGGAAGGGGUGGGGCCUUUUAUCUUACGCCUCCGUGAGUCCCAUUCCAGAUGGCGCAGCAAGGAGGCAGCGACUGGGUCAGACGACGAGAUGUUGAGGAGCCAGCUGGUACUGGGGCUGCUGCCAGGGCCUGUACAGACUGAACUACAGCGCCGGGUGCGACGAGAGAUGGCCCUUACUUUCGAGGGGGCCUGUGGUGAGGCUAAAGCCAUGGAGAAGGAGACCGAACGAGCCGCCAUAGAGAGCAUUGACACCAGGCGGACAUACAACACCCCCCCUCAGCCCAACCUCCCCAGCACCUCAAACCCACUACAUGAUUGGAGCAAGAUGAAGGAGGCGUUGCGAGCUGAGCUAGCGGAAGAGCUACGAGCCCAGGUAACCGAUCUAAAGACCUCACUGCUGGCAGAGAUGAGAUCGCACCGAGCUACCCAGCGACAGCCAGACCAACCAUUGGGUGGAGAGCAGGGGGCCAAUCGCAUUCAGCGGCGUGCAAGACAACCUCAAUGGGAUGACCAGGGCCGUCCGAUCUGUCUGCGGUGUGGAAAGGCGGGGCACAUGCAGCGUGAUUGUCAGCCUAUGGAGAUGACCAACACACGAAGGGUGGCUGAUGAAGGAGGACCGGUAACGGUGCCCAUGCGUGCAGCCCUGGUGGGGGAAAGCCCGGAGGUCGAAGUCCUCGUUCAAGGAAGACGGGUCCCCUGCAUUCUGGAUACAGGGUCGUAGGUGACCCUGUUCAGCCAGGGCCUGUUUCAGAGCCACCUACAAGACACAGAACUGAAAGAGGUAAGCGACAUCCCCUGGCUUAUAUUAAAGGCAGCUAAUGGGCUGGCCCUGCCCUAUGUUGGCUAUGCAGUGCUUGAUUUCGAAGUGUGUGGUGUGACUGUGCCGGGUAAGGGGGUGGUUGUGGUGGAAGAUAAAUAUCUGCCCCCAGCCUAUGGAAUAUUGGGCAUG